AUGUUACAGAAUAAUAGACUGGAAAACCUGAUUGUCUCCAUUGGAGGUGGCCAUGGAGCCGGGUGUUAUGAAACCUCAUUGCAUUUAAAAGAGUCCAUAUUGAAGAUGUUUCCAAAUUCUCGAAUUAGAGUUUUAAACCUAGACGAUAUGAAGGAUGCAAGCACUUUGAACUAUGAUUUCACCGACUACGAUUUCAAAUCAUUACACAGAGAACUACUGAAGCAACCAACCGAGGGAGAUACAACUGGCAAGAUGAAAGAACCAAUAUGUAUCAACAUCCUUUGCGGCGGGUAUGCAUUGUAUGAUAAGGAAAUAAGAGACGCCUCCAAAUUGAAGGUCUAUUUAGAUAGUGAUGCUGACAAGAGGUUAAUAAAUCUGAUCCAAACCCAGAACAUCACUCAACCCAAAGAUUUGUCUGUGCUAUUAACAGAAUACUUGCAUCAUCUUAGAGAAGAAUCAUUGAAAUAUAUUGAACCAACACGAGUGUACGCUGACCUAAUCAUUCCAUGCAAGAAUGAGUCUCUAGCGAGCGCCAUUCUACUGGACGGCAUCAAUAAAGCUGUUGAGGAAAUGAAAACACCAUUGUCCCUAGGUGACCAAGAGACCCACAAUCCAUUAACCAAGAAAACUUCUCUAUUGAACUUCGAAGCGGAAAGAAUAGACGUUCAAAAAGGAAGGUACUACGAUCUGGCAUAG